GUAGUUACUGAAGCCGAGCCACAGACCAUGAACCGGCUACCAUGGCAACGCCAAACAGCGCUUCAAACACAAGACGAGGAGAGCUGACACACUGCAGUUCGUCGAAACCCAACUGAUAUUCACCAAACAUGUACAAGGCUGAUUUACCCGUGGACGAGUCUGCGCUGCAGGCGGUGGAGCGGCGUCGGGCCGCAGAGGCUGAGCGCAAGAACCGAAUAUUCAGCACCAGAAGCCGAGUGAUCGGCGUUGAUCUGCGCGCGCUCCACAAACAGCGGGAGGAGAAACAAGAACAACUGGAGAUGGAGAAGCAGCGAGACAUGGCUCAUGAUCUGUUGCGCUUGUCCCUGGAUGAAAUGUCAAUGCAACAGAAAAAAGAGGAAGAGGAGUUACGAAGAGAGUUGUCUCAGGACUUGGUACAAUACAGAGCGAUACAUCAACGCGCUGAGGACAGUCGUGAUGCAGAUAUCAAUAAUUAUAGCCGACAGGUGGCGCCUGACGCCAGUAUUCCUGUCUCGGACUCUGCAUUGGGACCCGCCAGUAUGCAAGUGUUUUUGGGAGAAGGAAUUAAUGAAAAUGAAAAGAAGAGAGCUCAGAUGGAAAUGAACGAGAGAAACCUGAGAGCUCAAAAGGAGGAGAGGGAAAAACAAGAAAAAGAACAAAAAAACAGAGAGCUGCUAACCGGCAGGGAGUUGGUGGAAAAAGACCUCAGGGCAGUGCAGCUGAAUGCCCUGGAGCAGGAGUGCAAAAGAGCAGCCCACAUUGCACUCAGUCAUUACAAUCAAGCUCAGGCUGAGGAGAGGAUGGAGAAGGAGCAACAAGAGAGACUGAGGAGAGAGGGAGAGGAGCUGGCAGAGGUGCAGUACAUGGUGACCUCUGACCUCCUGACAGAGCGACCACAGGCUGCCAAGAGAGAAAGCGAAUCCUCAGCAGAGGGUCCACGAGUCCUGACCGACCGCUGGAAGGGCAUGACCCCACAGCAGAUCGGUGAAAUCCACAGAAAGAGAGAGGAACAGUGCUUGGAGAAAGAGAGACUGAGAGAGAUGGAGAGGCAGAGAGAUGUGGCCUGGGAUUACCAUCUGACAGAGCAGGCCAGACAGCAGGACAGGGAGGAGAAUAGAGAUAAGGAGCUGCAGAGAGAGAGGAGAAUUCAGCUCGAUAAAUACAAUCAACAGCUGGCACGAGAGCAGCAAGCGCACCAGCACUACCUGGACAAGCAGCUGUAUACAAACCGUCCCGCAGUUCACUACUUCACCCAGUUCAGCACAAGCUCUCGAUAAAAGCACCGUCCCAUUCCAUCCUCUCAUCUGAUCAUUCUCCUGCAUGACAAAUAAAGUGCUACUGGAUUUCAAAGCACUGUGUACGUUUGACAUUCAUAAAUUGAACUUUAAUAGGUAUCAUUGCUGACAGUUGCCAUUAUAAAAUGAAUUGUAUACAGAAUGUUGCAGAUGUAGAUGAUCCGAUUGAUUUUAAUAAGUAUUUACUUACACUGGCUUAUCGGUGAUGCAAAUACAAUAGCAAAAUCCAGUUAAUAUCUAGUUAACGCAGCCCACCCUCACUUCCCCUUCAGUCCACAACACCGCAGGGGAAUUUGACCAAUACAGUCCCACAACCUCAUUCAUCUCGUCCUUCAUUUAUUUUCACAUCAUAUGCAGUAACAAACAGAACAUACAAGAGGAAUAAGAGACUAUUAUGUCAAGCUUAUUUAUGCAUUAAGCCUACAGUUCAAGAUGCAUUAUGAGCUUGAAUGCAUACAUUUGACAAGUAACAACAGAAACGGCAACGUUCGUCCGCUAGUCAAGCUUUAAACGGUGCCCUCCCACCCAGUUUUAGUUGCAGUAGCAGAGGGCAGUAUAGUGGAUAUCCGAGAGUCGAUUCACCUCCGAGCUCAAUACACAGUCAAGACACUGACAAAAUACACAAGUCGUCUAGCAGCAGUUCAGUUGAAUAUUGAGUUGAAUAGAAUUUGCAUCACUUCCCCCUCCAGUAAGAAAAUAGAGCUCUAAGAGACUUUUGUCCUGAGUGUGUCUGUACAGCUUUUGUGAGGGAGGCUAACACAGAUCGGACAAUCCCAGAGGGCUGGGAAUCACUGCAAAAAGCCCGCCGCAAGACAGUGGUCUCAAAGAUCUGAGUCAGCGUGUUUCUAUUGCUCCCUGGAAGCGUGUGUGUGUGUAUGUGUGUGCAGUGGUGCAAAUAAGAUGACUGCGUCCUUCCUUUCACGCUGGCUCUGCAGCAAUAGAUUCUAAUCAGAUACGCACAAUACUGCCAUUCUUUAGCACUCGGGAAACUAUAAGCGCAAUCAUGUUUCAGUUAGCUUUUUUCUGUCUCUUUUAUCCAAUCAGCUUUUUUUUUCAGAACCUGCAACAUCUAUUUAUCAAAGGACUGUUUUCUUAGUUAUUUAAAACUAUGCACUACUUGUCUACCACACUCAAAUCACAACUAACAAGUUACUCUAAAGUUAAAAAAAAGUUACAAAACAAACAAAUUUAAAAACCGAAAACAUAAUCAACAAGACACAGUUUUCAACAUCAUAAUGAACAAUCUUUUGGGCUAUAUUUACAUUCAUCUGGAAAUUAAGAGUUUUUUCCCCCCCCCUGUGCCCCUCUCUUGAGAAAUACCAGAUGUGCCAUAGAUUCUCUCAGUGCUAUAUUCUGCUAUAUUUGUUUAUCAAAUCAAAUGAACCAAAAAGCGAAAAAGGGAACGAAUGCUAUUUGGUAUACUGGUAUGGAACAAUUCCCACCCAAACAAAGCAUACAUUCUGUGUAAUAAGACAAGCCAAUACACGAUUGCAUUUUACGAAACCAAACUAAAUUGUGUGAUAUAUUGUACUCUCUCACAGCCCUAUCUAACUCAAUACGACCUCAAAUCUACGCACCUUACGUGUGUAUUCUUAUGGCUUUACACCAACAGGACUGCAAGAGGGAAUCAGUACAGUUUCAUACAAUGCAGAAAACAAGAAUUAGGAACACAGACACAUACAGAGGGAGGAAUAAACAUGAGAGAUGGUGGUGAGUUAUGUUGUCGAAGGCAGGCACAGGAACCGAUGGAGAUGAAAGAGAUUAUAAUACUGUAUUUGGCUAAAUUGAUAGAUGCUUGUAUGUACAGCUUGCUAUAAACGAUCUAGCGUCGUAGAGCCAUUGCAUCUCAUGUAUUUACACUACGGAAAUCUGUAAUCGUAACUGAGGGGAUGCCGAUAUGUAUCUUCUAUUGAAUCACUACAAUAUUACAAUAUAUCAACAUACAGAUGACUUAAAGAUACUGUAAGCGAAUUUUAUGGAACGGAAUUUGUUGUUGAUUAGAUGGUGGCAGAUCUGAAUGUGACAUUGUAGUAGAUUCUAAGAAAUUCAAUGGAAGAAAGAGUCAUGACAUUGAUCAUUUUGAGUUAAAAAUGAAACAUUUCACAAUAUCAAUAAGAAUAUCAUUUUGAAAAUAGAUGAAUUUUCAUUUCUGAAAAGAACUGGGCACUGUUCAAACGUCUACUAUAAUAUAACCAAAUUUAGCAAGUUGUUAGCCGAAAAAAAAAAAAAAAAAAGAAACUGUCAGAACACACUGCGAAUUUUGCCAGAGAAAGAUGUUUGUAAUAUGUACCAGCAGGGCAAUGCUAACCGCGCUAAUCUUUUUAGGGUGCGUGUCUAAGUCGGUGACUAAAACUGAGAAGUUCCACAAUGGCUAACAUCGCUUACAGCACCUUUAAAACACGACACAAACAAAACAAAAAAAAUUAAUAAAAAAUUAAUUAUAAAAAUGGUUCAGGCAAGUCUUCAAAGAAUAAAAAAAGCAACAAAUGGUAGAGACGCACAAAACACAAUAAGUUGAUUAAAUUUGCAACCAGUAUAACCAGCUCACGCUGUCUAUAUGCUUGCACAACGCACUUAGUCACGAUUUUAAGGCCCUCAGCUUCUCUCUUCUCCCUCACACCCUCCUUCCACAACGCUUUUUAUUGACUAACAGGUGAAUCCGACUCUGAUUUGAAUUGGUGUUCGCCAUGGGAGCUCGGCGUCUACUUUAUUUGUCACUGGAUAAGUCUCUUCUUGUCACGUUUGUAUAACUGUAAACGGCUAUAGCCUAUUUUAUAUCGUAAAAUGAGCGAUAAUAUCUGUAAACAACGAGCAUGGCAGUCUAUUUGUUAUAUGUCAGUCGAAUGUUUUCUUCUGGCUGUGUUAAAAGUGUUGUGUUGGUCCAAUUACGUCCAGCAGUGCAUCUGGAUGGUGUUCUUGGCAUCUGUUGUGUGUGUAGGUCUCAUUAUUGUGGGUUUUGGAUUAUUUGGUCAGUCAUGAGCGGUUGCAACAGGUGGGCACAUGUGUGAAUCCACGUUUGGUCUCGGUGUCG